GAGGGAGGGAGGGAGGGUGGCGCGGCGGCGGAACGGCCCGGGCCGGCCGAGCAGCCAUGGGCGCCGGGGUGCCGGGCCCCCCGAGAGCCAAGGUCUCCUGCUGGGAUUGGGGGCGUCCGGGCUGCCAGCCCCGCUGACACCGCCUCGGACGAUGUGAGCCGGCGCCUCCGCCUCUGCUUCGCGGGGCUGGGCGCGCGGUCCAACCGGCCCCGCCGCCGCUUUUCUAAUUUGGGUGGGGGCGACCGGACCAGGUCACUCGGGCUUUGGAAGAGGGGCUGGCUGUCUUUCGCAGCUUGACUGGGGGAGGCGACCCACACAGGGCGCUCGGAGAUUUUUUUUUCCUUUUUUUUUUUUUUUUAAGAGGGGUUAACUGUCUUUGGCAGCUUGGUUUUGCUAGGAGCCUAUAAAAGGCCUUUCGGGGUUUCUUUUUUCGGGGAGAGGGGGCGGUGGUCCCGACUUGGCCAGCCGCCUGUUGGAGGGGGGGAGCGGGAAGCGGGGGUAUGCGAACCCGGCUCCCCCCACCAUGAUGAAGACGGAGCCGCGGGGGCCCGGGGGUCCCCUCCGGAGCGCUUCCCCACACCGCAGCGCCUACGAGGCAGGCAUCCAGGCACUGAAGCCACCCGACGCGCCCGGGCCCGAUGAGGCACCCAAGGCGGCCCACCACAAGAAAUAUGGCUCCAACGUCCACCGCAUCAAAAGUAUGUUUCUGCAGAUGGGCACCACGGCGGGGCCGCCGGGCGAAGCGGGCGGCGGCGCGGGCCCUACUGAGGCCCCGAGGGCGCCCGAGCGCGGCGUGCGUUUGUCGCUGCCAAGGGCCAGCAGCCUGAACGAGAACGUGGAUCAUAGCGCCUUGCUCAAGCUGGGCACCAGCGUGUCCGAGCGCGUGAGCCGCUUCGACUCCAAGCCCGCGCCCUCCGCGCAGCCCGCGCCGCCGCCGCACCCGCCGUCCCGGCUACAGGAGACGCGGAAGCUGUUCGAACGGAGCGUCCCGGCGGCCGCGGGCGGCGACAAGGAGGCGGCGACGCGGCGGCUGCUAAGGCAGGAGCGCGCCGGCCUGCAGGACCGGAAGCUGGACGUCGUGGUGCGCUUCAACGGCAGCACCGAGGCUCUGGACAAGCUGGACGCCGACGCCGUAUCGCCGACCGUCAGUCAGCUCAGCGCCGUCUUUGAGAAGGCGGAUUCGCGGACCGGCCUUCACCGUGGGCCCGGGCUCCCCAGGGCCGUGGCCGCCGGGGCUCCUCAGGUCAACUCGAAGCUGGUCAGUAAGCGGUCCCGGGUGUUCCAGCCGCCGCCGCCACCGCCCGCCCCGUCGGGUGAUGCCCCAGCGGAGAAAGAGCGCGGCCCCGGAGGGCAGCAGACCCCGCAGCACCGAGUGGCCCCCGCCCGGCCGCCCCCCAAGCCCCGGGAGGUGCGUAAGAUUAAGCCGGUGGAGGUGGAGGAGAGCGGGGAGUCGGAGGCCGAGGCGGCACCAGGGGAGGUGAUCCAGGCGGAGGUGACAGUUCACGCAGCCCUGGAGAAUGGCAGCACCUUGGCAACCAGAGCCAGCCCCGCACUGGAGGAGCAGAAGGCCCAAGUGGCCCCCGAAGAGGAGGCCGCGACCGUGGCGGCGCCUGAGAGAGGGGUGGGUAAUGGCCGGGCCCCGGACGUGGCCCCGGAGGAGGCUGAUGAGUCCAAGAAGGAGGACUUUUCGGAAGCCGACUUGGUGGACGUGAGCGCCUACAGUGGGCUGGGGGAGGACUCUGGGGGCAGUGCCCUGGAGGAGGACGACGAAGACGACGAGGAAGAUGGGGAGCCCCCCUACGAGCCGGAGUCGGGAUGCGUGGAGAUCCCCGGGCUUUCGGAGGAAGAGGACCCGGCCCCGAGCCGGAAGAUCCAUUUCAGCACGGCACCCAUCCAAGUGUUCAGCACCUACUCCAACGAGGACUACGAUCGUCGCAAUGAGGACGUGGAUCCCAUGGCAGCCUCUGCUGAGUACGAGCUGGAGAAGCGAGUAGAGCGGUUGGAGCUGUUCCCUGUGGAGCUGGAGAAGGACUCCGAGGGCCUGGGCAUCAGCAUCAUCGGCAUGGGUGCCGGGGCGGACAUGGGCCUGGAGAAGCUGGGCAUCUUUGUCAAGACUGUGACUGAGGGCGGCGCGGCCCAUCGGGAUGGCAGGAUCCAGGUGAACGAUCUCCUGGUGGAGGUGGAUGGAACCAGUCUGGUGGGAGUGACGCAGAGCUUUGCAGCCUCCGUGCUCCGCAACACCAAGGGCCGAGUGCGGUUUAUGAUUGGCCGGGAGCGGCCAGGUGAGCAGAGCGAGGUGGCCCAGCUAAUUCAGCAGACCCUGGAACAGGAGCGAUGGCAGCGGGAGAUGAUGGAACAGAGAUAUGCCCAGUAUGGGGAGGAUGAUGAGGAGACAGGCGAGUAUGCCACCGACGAGGAUGAAGAGCUGAGCCCUACGUUCCCGGGUAGUGAGAUGGCCAUCGAGGUGUUCGAGCUGGCGGAGAACGAGGAUGCCUUAUCCCCUGUGGACAUGGAGCCCGAGAAGCUGGUGCACAAGUUUAAGGAGCUCCAGAUCAAGCAUGCUGUGACUGAGGCAGAGAUCCAGCAGCUGAAAAGAAAGCUGCAGAGCCUGGAGCAGGAGAAGGGGCGGUGGCGGGUGGAGAAGGCCCAGCUGGAGCAGAGUGUGGAGGAGAACAAGGAGCGCAUGGAAAAGCUGGAAGGCUACUGGGGUGAGGCCCAGAGCCUGUGCCAGGCUGUGGACGAGCACUUACGGGAGACCCAGGCCCAGUACCAGGCCCUGGAGCGCAAGUACAGCAAGGCCAAGCGCCUCAUCAAGGACUACCAGCAGAAGGAGAUCGAGUUCCUGAAAAAGGAGACUGCACAGCGCCGGGUUCUAGAGGAGUCGGAGCUGGCUAGGAAGGAGGAGAUGGACAAGCUCCUGGACAAGAUCUCAGAACUGGAAGGAAACCUGCAAACACUGAGGAAUUCCAAUUCUACUUAACAGGAAUCAUUCCUUGACCAGACAAUAAUUAAUCCCCUCCCAUUGUCCUCUCUCCCCUGUCCUCAAUACUCCACCCCGCCCCUUACCAGCCUGGGGACAGGUGCCCCGACUCCCCCACCCCUCCACCCCACCUUUCCCAGCUUCAGGGACCAGAGGGCCCAUAUCACAGGCCCCCUUAUGGUGGCCUGGGCAGACAGAGGUGGCUGGAAAGAUGGCCCCCAUUUUGCACCAUGGGGCUGAGGCACAGAGGCCGAGGGAUGCCAAGGGCUGGCUUGGGUGAUGGAUGGACACAGGGACCCGCAGACCAAACUGCCAGACUUUACAACCUGCAGCCUUUGUCUCUGGACUGGAAUGGGGCUGAGGGCUCUCCCCGCAUCUCACCACCUGGAGGCUGCUCCCCACCCAUCUGGCUCCUGGGUGACCCCUGGGCCUCUUAACUGAGAUUCGACUUCCUUGGCCCUUCUCCUUCCCUCAUCUUUGUGCUGUCUCUGUUGCAUUCUGACCCUCUUUCUGGGAGGAGUUGCCUCCACGCCUCCUCUCAUCCCUGUCCCCUCUCCCAGGAGGGGUAGAGUCCACCCCAGAGCCUGGAGGCUGGGUCUGGCCCUGCACUGAUUUCUCAUGUAUCCUUCGGGAAAAGGGGAGUGAGAGUAGGAAAAGGGGGGCAGCAGCCCUCAAUUUCUCCUUGUGCCUCCCCGCCGUGCCCGCCUUUCCCUGGUGCCAAAUAGCCAUAACCUCUCCCGGGAACUGUUCUGUGGCCUCUUGGGGCCAGUUUCCUGGCUGAGCCUGGGUGUGCCAGGGAGGAGAGGAUGUCGGCUUAGGGGGCUUGGCUGCAGAGACCCUGGACUUAGGCAAGGGGAACAUUUCUGAGAGCCAGGCCCUGCCCUGCCCUGCCCUGCCCUGGGCCACACCUGGAAGCCUUGUACUAACACCACAGAGAUUCAGCCUCAUCCCACCCACACCCACACUGUUUUCCAAUGUUUUGACUGGAGGGCAAAAUUUUACUAUUCAUCUUUUUGGAGACCAGGGCUGCCCUGCUGACAGCCUGCUUUCUAAGUGAAGUCGACUCCGUUUCCCGACUUUAACCCCAAAUUGGGGCUUUGACCAAGGGAGGUGAGAUCUGACCCUAACUACCCCCACCCCCGCCCCAGGUUCCCUCCCCUUUCAGAUUCCAUCUCAUUUUGCCCCUCCCUAGCCUGGGUUUUUGUUCGUUUUUUUAAACACACAACCCUCGGUCCCAUCCGUUUUGGCUUCUCCUCGUCCCCUGUAAAUAGACCAUGCCAUCGAUCAGUAUUUCUCUCCACCCCCUUCCUGUCCCCAGACAUGUCCCUACCCCUUUGAAAGAGCUGGCUAUCAGCGUCCCGGCCCUUGCCUCCUCCACCACCUGGCAGAUGGAGGGGGCGGAGUCAGGUGGGCGGGACCUCGGGGCGCUUCCGGUUUCUCGGGCCAGUGGCUGCCCCUGCCCCGCCCUCCGCAGGACUGCGUCUCUGUAUAUAAUAUAUAUAUGUAUGUAUUGUUCCCGGUUUUGUACGGACCAUGCCCUCUGUCAGGUCGUCCCAUAAAAGCAGCCCCCAGAGCCUCAA